GGCCUGUUCGAAAGUGAAGAUCACUCAUGUAAAUUAACUGGGGAUUCGGAAAACCUUUAGAACGCGGCGAGGAUCACUUUCAUUGUUGUCAGAGUUUAGGAAAUUAUUCGUGGCAUGAAAGACCAAUUUCGUCUGGGAUAACAUUAGGGGCGAAUUGGGAAUGUUACCAUGAAAACAUUUCGGAAGGAAAAAUAAGGGACACUCGAAAGAAGCCAAGCUUCAUUUGAGAUAACUUAAUUAAAGGAAAACUAUGACCAGGAGUCUUCUCGACGAUCAAGGACGAGUCUUGUCAAGAUAUUGUUCAAAGGAGUAACUUUGUGAAGUGGUAUUUCUCAUGGAAACAAAUAGGUUGCCAGUCUGCUAAUAUUUUCCCGGUGGUCCAUUGACAAAGACUAUUGCUGACAGCGGCAAGCGAUGCCCAGGCUACAAUGUGUUCGCAUUUAAUGUUUCUCCUGAAGAUAUUGAGAGGUUAACUUUUUUUUUCUCGGAACAUUUCACCAUAUUCAGUGUUAUCAAUGUAACUGCGUUAUUUCAUGCACGCCCCUGUAAUGGUUUUAAAGAAGAACAUGUUUAUACUUACCUCUAUCUCUCUCUGGCCACAUUUUUUACAUCAAUAGCUGGAAUAAACAAAAUAAGCCAACGAAUUCAAGUCUACAUUGUGGAAUAGCCCAUGUAUUUUUAUUUUAUUUUAAUGGAUUCAAAUAUUUUUUAUCGUUGUGGAACGCUCUUGGACGGACAUUGAAAAGGUCAAGACGUAGUCAUUCUCCAAAAUACAGAGGUUGUCGUUUUGGUAAAAAUGCUAGUUGGAUAAAAAAAAGACUACGUCGGGGAAAAACACAUAACGGAAGCCCAAUGAGCGGCAUACAGUCAACACUCCCUGAAAGGUUUUCCAAAAAAGCAACCAGGACCCCUAGCAUUCUCAGCAAGGACCACCCCCCAGACAAGAAACCCAAAAGUGACAAAAACACAGUCCCACCUGUGCAUGAGUUUGACCCUACAGACGUGCCUGUGCAGCUGUCUGGCUGUGUAGUAGCCGAGGGAAGCCCCUCCGAACCCUGUGGGCUUGUCCAGCGUUGUGUGAUCAUCCAGAAAGAUGAGAACGGCUUCGGGUUGACGGUGAGCGGAGACAACCCUGUAUUUGUGCAGUUGGUCAAAGAGGAUGGCGCUGCCAUGCGAGCGGGUGUCCAGACGGGUGAUAGGAUCAUCAAGGUUAACGGGACCUUAGUAACACAUUCAAACCAUGUAGAAGUCGUCAAGCUAAUAAAAUCGGGCUCCUAUGUGGCCCUCACAGUGCUGGGGAGGCCCCCGGGGCUGGCCCAGAUCUCGCUGUCCGAGGGCGAGGGGGGAGACCUGUCCUCUUUCCUCUCCUCGCCCCACUCUCCUGGACCAACGGGGGGAACAGGGGAGCGCUGCGUCACCUCCUCCACCAGCCCCCAGGACCACAUCACCUCCCCGCUGCCCCUCUGGGAGGAGAAUAAUGCACUUCACAGCCAGAAGGUGGACAUCUUACAGAAGAUGCUGACCAAGGAGCAGGAGGAUUUACAGGCUAUGAAGGAAGUGUACAGCAGGAACCCCACAGAGAAACUACUGAAGGAUAUCCAGGAGGCCAAGAAACACAUUCCUCUGCUGCAGAGCCAGCUCAGCAAAGCCACAGGCACACCUCAGGAUGGCUCCCUCUCCCACCAGGAUGGUGAGGUGGAGGAGGGGGGCAUUGAGGCAGCCGAUGGAGAGCAGACCCCCUCCUCGCAGGGAGAAAGCAGCAGCGACGGGCCCUGGACCAAUAACGCUGUGUCUCCCAGUCCCCUCCCUGAGAAUCCGUGCCAAAGAGAGACGCCCUGCCACAGCCCAAAGACCACCCCCCGAGAGAGCCUCAACUCCUGCCCCUCGCCUGACACAGAGGACACGGCGGACCUGAACUGUAACUUCCAGUCCAGUGUGGGCAGCCCCUUCUCCCGUCUCAACCCCCAGAUAAUCGGAGCAGAGGACGACUACUUUGACACAGAGCAGGAACAGAUCAACGGUCAGUGUAGUUGUUUUCAGAGUAUAGAGCUGCUCAAGUCUCGGCCCGCUCACUUGGCCGCCUUCCUCCAUCACGUGGUCUCUCAGUUUGACCCUGCACCUCUGCUAUGCUACCUUUAUGCUGACCUGUACAAGCAGACCAACUCCAAAGAGACCAGACGGAUCUUCAUGGAUUUCCAUACUUUCUUUAUGGACCGAGCAGCGAAUCUGAAAGUAGCUGUGCCUGAGUCUAUGACCUCUGAACUAGAGCGGCGGAGACCUGAGCUGAUCCCAGAGGAACUGCACAGACCUUACAUACAGCUGUUACAGGACACACUGCUACCAGACAUCCAGAGGAACCUAGAAGACUUCAGGCAGAAGCGCAGCAUGGGUCUGACCCUCGCAGAAGGGGAGCUGGCUAAGCUGGACACAGAGAGGGUGAGAGACCGCGUGUCGCUGGAGAGAGAACGCUCCUGUGCCGAACACAUCAUCUCCAAGAUAGAGGAGGUUCUGCUGACGUCACAGCCCACAGAAGAGGAGAAGUGCACUACUAUGCAGUAUGUCAUCCUCACCUAUAUGAAACACCUGGGGGUGAAAGUAAAGGAACCACGUAGCCUAGAGCCCAAACGAGUCCGCAUCAACUUCCUGCCCAAGAUCAAGAAGAGCAUCAAACCUGAGAAAGAGGGGGAGGAGAAGGUGAAGAAGCCUCGCUUUCCCAGCAUCCUCGGCCCUCCUCGGCGGCCCAGCCGCGUGGACUCAGCUUCAAUCAGUAAGGCCAUGGAGUUGAACAAGCAUCGGGGCCCCCAGAAGCAGCUCUCCCAGCCCGCCCUCAGCGUCUUCGAGCAACCAGAAUUCUCGGCAGGCGGCAUCCGUGCCCGCAGCCAAUUCAGCGAUCCAGGCUCUGAUGCGGCCACCCACCCCUUGGCCUACAUCGCACCGCCCCCCCACAGUGCCCCAGCCAGCCAGGGCUCCGACCCGACGGGACGCGACUCUGACUCGGGACUCACUCCCUCCUCUGUCCUGCCCAGACUGAGCACCGAUGGGCUCCACUCGGGCGACACCCUGGACGGGAUGGUCCACCUAACCAGCACCCACUUUGACUUCAGCCCUUGCACCCUGGACCAAUUACAGGAGGAGGAGCGUGAAAGUGACAGGGCUCAAGAGGGAGGCACGCCCAAACCAGCCCAGAGGAUGGACGGGUUAGGCUGUGGGGAUGUGCCGAGUGAGGACGACCAGGGGAACGAGAUUGAGUGCGAGCAGGACCCUCCCAACUGGCAGGCGCUGGUUAGCCGAGAGGUCCUGGCGGGCCUGACUCCACAGGAGAUCAAAAGACAAGAAGUCAUCAACGAGCUCUUCUACACAGAGCGAGCACACCUGAGGAUGUUGAAGGUGCUGGAUAACGUGUUCUGCCAGAAACUAACCCGAGACAGCAUCCUGCCUCCUGGAGACAUUAAACACAUCUUCACUAACCUAGAAGAGAUUGUCCAGCUACACGUGUGGAUAACAGAACAGAUGAUGGUCAUUCGGAAGAAGAACGAGACGUCAGUGAUAGACCUGAUAGGAGACGAUCUACUAGCUUGGUUCAGUGAUGACGAGGAGGAGAAAAUCAAGCGGGCGGUGGGUACCUUCUGCAGUAACCAGCCCUUUGCCCUGGAACUCAUCAAGACCCGGCAGAAGAAAGACCAGCGCUUCACCUCCUUUAUGCAGGAGGCUGAGAGCAACCGUCUGUGUCGCAGACUGCAGCUGAAGGAUAUCAUUCCAGUGGAGAUGCAGAGGCUGACCAAGUAUCCACUACUGCUGGAGAGCAUAGCCAAGUACACAGAGGAUGCAGAGGAGAGGGACAAGGUGAAGAGGGCCGGGGAGUGCUGCAGGACGAUCCUCAACUAUGUCAACCAGACAGUGAAAGAGGCAGAGAACAAACAGAGGUUAGAGGACUACCAGAGACGCCUGGACCUGUCCUCUCUCAAACAGAGUGAGAACCCAAUGAUCUCAGAGUUCAAGAGUCUAGACCUGACCAAGAAGAAGAUGGUGCACGAGGGACCUCUCUCCUGGAAGGUCAACAAAGACAAGACCAUCGAGCUGUACACGCUGCUCCUGGAGGACAUCCUGGUGCUGCUGCAGAAGCAGGACGAGCGGUUGGUCCUCAAGUGCCACAGCAAGAACUUGGCGGGCACCGCCGACACCAAGCACAUCUUCAGCCCCAUCAUCAACCUCAACACCGUGCUGGUGCGCUCGGUAGCCACCGACAACAAGUCCUUCUUUGUGCUGUCUAUGUCCGACAACGGAGCCCAGAUCUACGAGCUGAUGGCCCAGACCGUGUCCGAGCAAAGAACGUGGCAGUGUCUGAUAACGCAGAGCGCAGAAACCAUGAAGACGAAAACACACAUCAUACCUUUACUUCAGACCGAUGUGGAGCGAGACGCAGUAGAGAUUAUCAGCACGGGGGUGCCCAAACUGAACAAAGACCCUGAGCGCACCUCCAUGGGAUGUACCCAGUCCCCAGAAAAAGACGUCACUUCCUUGCCGGGUCUGCAACCCACACCCACAUCGACCAACCCAUUUGACGGUGUCAAAUCAGACGACGAGGAAGAAGAGGACUCGCCACUGCCAGACAGAAGAGAAGAACAAGAAGAAGAGGAGGAGGAAGUGGAGGAGGUAGAUGAGGAGGAAGUUGAAGCUUUUCUGGAUGGAGAGCUGGCAGACAGACUGCCCAUCCUCCAGGAGAGGUCACGCCUGGGCAUCGCCAUCGACGACGAGGAUCCAGAUGAUGCCUUCGGCAUGCCACCCUCCAGAGCCGAGGAGGCCCUAAGAACCUUGGCAGCCCUGAGGCAGGUCCUUCUCAACCACAUGACGAGCAGAGCAGAGGGCAGCGACAAGGACAAAGAGAAGGGGAAAGAAAAAGAGCAGAGGAAGGGCCGAGCCCCUGGAGGCCGCCUGCUGAGGACCACGUCCCUGAGGGGCCCAGAGGACAACAACAGUAUCUCGGCCCCAAGCAGCGUAGCAGCACCCUCUACUGGCUCCGAGACCGGCGCCUCGGAGAAGACCGAGGCAGGGAGGGAGGAGGAGGCCCCGGGGUCCAAUGAACUACCGUCUGGGGACACAGGUUUCUUUGAGACUUCCGAGGAAUACGGCAGUUACAUGGUCCUGGAGGGCUACGGGGCCUCGGGGGAGAGCAGGACGGACAAUGACGGUCAGGCGAGGGGUGGGGCCCAAUGGGGCCCGGACAUCGACCUGAAGAAGCUACUCUCCUCAUCCUCGCAGACAGGGGGUGCCGGCCCCAAACUCAGACGCCAGGUCAUGACCCACAUCCGCCUGCUCCAGGCCAACCUGCAGCACCUGAAGGAAGUGGAGACCAAGUAUAAUGAACUGUGCCAAAGGCUGACUGAAACAGCUACUGACACAGAGGAGAACAAAGAUAAUAGUUAGUGAUGACAGAGCCCCUUCCCCUCCACCACAAGAGGACGAAGGAGGGACACUGAGGACGACACCUCUUCCUGUCCUCUGGAGGCCCACCACCUCAGCCCCCCACCCCUCCCAUACUGCUGUGGCCCACAGAGGAGACUGGAACAAUCAGGGGCCCCCGCCCCCCAGCACAAAUGGCAAUCAGGGAAAAGAACGCCACAACUCACACAGCGUUCUCACUAGGACCAUUCCACCCCCAAACACCCCACUUUCGAAAUUAACACAAGUGCUGCUCAAAGUGUACUGACUACCACCACCAUCAGGAUAUUAGUAGAUAGGGAUUGAAGUUAUUUUCCAUCCCCGCUUCUUUCUCCUCCUGUGGAUAAGAGUGCCGUCUUCCCAUUGCUCACGUGCAUUCAGCAUUCGGAACACACCACUUUCAAUAUAUCCAUCGGGGGUCAGAAACACAACUGUACGUGAUGCUAUAGGCCAACUUAAAUCACAACUGUGUUGUGGUUAAUGGUUUGGACCUGGAGGACCACCAUGACAAAGGCUUAGCAGAGUGAGAAUGCGGGGUGGAGAGGGUGGUCAAUAUACAUACCUCUUCAGUUGGAAUCAUUCCAUGAUUGAUCAAAUUCCACUCUAACAAAAAAUGGCAAGUUUAAUCCGUGUUUUUUCUAAACGUAAUACUAUGUUAAGUGAACCCCCCAUCAUGCCUAAAACAUUGAAAGCCUUGUAGAUUUUGAUUAGGUAUCUUAAGACAUCCUGAAGUAAUUAUUUAAUCACUUAGGGGUGAAUCCUAUUGUAACCUCCACUUAAGUCAAAUGUUCCCUUAAGUUAGGAUUCUCCCUUCAAUAGGUCCUCAAGUGAUUUAGUGGAUCUCACUAACCCGCAUCCUUAGCAUGAAGCCUUGGUCUUGUUCACAGUAGAUGGUGAAAGAAUACAUUGACAAACUCCAUUUUAUUGAGAGAUAUUUCAGUGAUAUACUGCCAGUGGUGAGGUGAUAACAGUAUACCGGUAAGCCCUCCAUUUGUUCACCUUUUGGUGUGGCUGUAUCUCCUCUGGCUUGAGUUGUGGCUCUUGGGAAGCGCGUGGUGUGAUAUAGCAAAAUACAAGAGGACAGUCUGUCAUUAGAGUCUGUCAUUAGAGUUAUUGACUUCCCUCUGAAGUCAUGUAGUAUUCAUCCAUUCCUAAUUGAUAGGGACCCUCCUGGAUCGGGGAACACCCCCAGCUCUUUGCCCAGUUUCCGUAUACCUUCAAUUUUUAUGGUUUUGGAACUAAACUCUCUACGUUACUGUACAUCGUCCUUUGUGUACGAGCUACUGAGGAAGUCUCAUAAAUAAGCUUCUGGGGUGAGAACACAGGACCUGUGUAAUUUCAUGGUUGGAUUGAGAAAAGACUGGCACAACAAAUAUAUUACUUUCACCAGCCGGAAGACUUGGAUGAAAAGGACUUCUAUGGACUAUUUUAAAUGUUUUUAAAAAAUGACUAACAGUUAUGAAAAACACUGCAUCUCUUAAAAUAAGAGCAAUCUUUAAAAAAAAAAAAACUUUAAAAAACAUUUCUCUCCUGCUUUCUACAUUAUACAAUCAUGUAUUACUUUGACAGAAACUACUAAAACCAGGAGAGAAUAAGACUGCAACGUAUCCCUAAAAUAUUACAUGUAAUCUGUCUUUUUAUUAUUUUUGUCUAGACGUUAUAUUUUUAUUAUAUUAUUGUGAGCACUAUUAUUAUGGUCUCUGGCUCUGUUGAAAACGUAAAUAGUUAUUUUAGGUGAGAGAUUUAAAUUUGACUGAUCUAUUGUAUUAAAAUGAAAGGAAAGUUAAUCUUCCUGUGUAAAGGGAGGGAAAUAUGAGUUUGGAAUAUCGGCCCAAACUACACAACUUAAAAUGUUCAAAUAUCAUUAAAGAAGCUUGCUGGAAACACUGA